CGGGUCCCACAGUUUAAGAGCCGCCUGUCUCUUUAUUUCACUACAUUGUCUACUGACCAGAGACAGAAGACGCCAUGGCUAGAACUAAGCAGACCGCUCGUAAAUCCACCGGAGGUAAAGCCCCCAGGAAGCAGCUGGCCACCAAGGCUGCCCGUAAGAGCGCCCCGGCCACCGGCGGAGUGAAGAAGCCUCACCGUUACAGGCCCGGUACCGUGGCUCUGAGAGAGAUCCGUCGCUACCAGAAAUCCACCGAGCUGCUGAUCCGCAAGCUGCCCUUCCAGCGCCUGGUCCGAGAAAUCGCUCAGGAUUUCAAGACCGACCUGCGCUUCCAGAGCUCCGCCGUCAUGGCUCUGCAGGAGGCCAGCGAGGCCUACCUGGUCGGCCUGUUCGAGGACACCAACCUGUGCGCCAUCCACGCCAAGAGGGUCACCAUCAUGCCCAAAGACAUCCAGCUGGCCCGCCGUAUCCGCGGAGAGAGGGCUUAAUCUGACCUGAGACCAGCCUACAGUCACACAACGGCUCUUUUAAGAGCCACCUCACUCUCACUCUGCUGCAGCACAUGUUUCGCCAUCAACAACAGAUAUAUACUUUUACAGUAAACUGCUCUUCCUGCCUACAUUCUAAAUACUUUAUUCAUCUCCAGACCUCUUUCAUGGCUUAUUUAAUAGGCUACUUAUUUAAUACAAUAUUGGCUGAAAGGUUAGAUAAGAACUUUGUCUCAAGAGAAAUUCUUCUCUAUUCCAUUUGAGUUAAAAAGAUAUACAAACAAUAAAAGCUCAACGUUAGAAAACUAAA